AUGGAAACACGAUCCACAAAGCGCAAGAAGAUUGCUCAUCGGAAUCAAACGACAGCGAAAGGCGCUAACAAAAAGAGGGCCAUUGAUAGGAUCAGUGAUCUCCCUGACGCGAUUCUUCACCGCAUUCUCUUCCUCCUUCCCAUCAAAUGCAUUGCACAGACGAGUGUUCUUUCAAAGAGGUGGAGAUUCCUCUGGACAACGUUUCCAGAUCUCGAUUUCACCACCAUCAGCCCUUUCACAAUCUCCCCGCCGACAACAAAAAACCGUUACAAAUUCUCAACCGUCAACCGCCACUCUGCCUCCUCAAGAAAGCCGGAUUUCAUCACGCAAGUUUUCUCGAUCCGCGAGAAGAAUUCUGACAUCAGAGUCCUCUGUUUUCGCGCCCGUUUAAGCUUCUCAAGGCUCAACAACCUGAUCCGAAGCGCCAUCCGUCACAACGUCAAAGAACUGGACGUUGAAGUCGCAACGGAAGUCGUUACAGAUGAUUAUUUCAACUUUCCUCGCUGCGUCAUCGGCAGCCAAUCGUUAAAAGUGUUAAAAUUGAAGUCCGGAUUUCGCCUCCCACCGUCCUCUAUCAUGAGGGACGGUUUCCAGUCCUUGCAAACACUCUCGUUAUCGCUAGUAAUUUUGUAUAAUCAGCCUUUUCUCUCCGAUUUGUUUUCCGAAUCAUCGUUUCCUCUCCUCAAGAAUUUGCACCUGGACAUGUGUUUUGGUUUGAAAUACCUCCGUGUUGGCUGCAAGGCUCUUGAAGAUUUCAGUUUACAGAAAUGUUUUCAGUUACAAGGAUUGGAUAUCUCGUGUGGGAAGCUCGAGAAUUUGAAGGUGGCGAGUUGUUUUGACGCGUAUAGUGAAAAGAGUUGGGUGAGAAUUAGUGCGCCGAAACUUCAAAAUUUGGUUUGGCACUAUAAUGCGGUUACAGAUAUGAGUAUGUUUGAGGAUCAUUAUCAUCAUAAUCAUCAUCAGUCCUCGUCGAAUUCAUUUUCGUUGUUCUGUGGUGAUGCUUCAGUUGGUUUCUUCAUACUGAAUGAGGAUGUUAGUAUUGGUAAGCUUCAAAGUGUGAAUAAUUUUUUGUCUGGACUCUCUCAUGCUCGUUCCUUGACUCUUGAAAGCCAAACCAUUGAGGUUCUAUCAAAUAAUAAAUUCUUUAUUCAGCCAUUUUAUAGUCUUAAAUCAUUAGAGCUGCAUACUGGUUUCAACAAAAGUAAUGUUCAAGGAUUAGCAUGCCUAUUCAGGAGCUCUCCUACACUCCACACUCUAAUUCUCAAGAUCAUUAACGAUUUCCAGAUUGAAAGAAAACAAUGGAACAGGGACUUGUGGGACAUGACAAGCACGGAGGAAGAGCAAUAUUGGGAAUCUCAAAUACCAAGUCUAAAGCCCUUUUUACAACACUUGAAAGUGGUGAAAAUCCAUGGGUUUCUGGAUUGUGAGAAUGAAGUUACACUUGCAAAAUUUCUCCUCAAGCAUGGGAAGGCCUUAGAAGAAAUGCAAUUAUGUGCAGGACAGGUCAAUGCUAGAGACACGCUUAGACGACAAAAAAUAAGGUCACAAAUGAUGGGAUUUUCAUGGGCUUCUUCAAACGCAAAAGUGGCAUUUCAAUAG